AGCAUCUUGUCUGUGUAGUGUGUGUUUCACAGAUGCAUCUACUUGAUUUAUAUCACUGAUUGGUGUUUGCAUGUAAACAUGAUUUUAUUUUUACAGUAUUUUAAACGUGAAGAUGAGACCAAGAAAAGGGAAGGAGAACGCUGACUGUGUGUCGGCAGAAGAAAAAGGAAUUCUAGAAGUGAAGUUUAUUGACAGUUACAUAGGUUCAGGUGUGUUUGCCUCGGACACUAUUGAAAAGGGACAGCUGGUUUGUUACUAUGAAGGAGAGCUGAUCUCGGGGAAAGAUGGUAUACAGAGGUUUAAUACUCCACAUGAUAAAGGAAGCUUCCUUUUUUUCUUCCAUCAUGAAGGAAAACAGUUCUGCAUUGAUGCAACACACUCAUCUGGUUGUGGCCGGAUGAUAAAUGACGAUCAUCGAAGGCCUAACUGCAAAGUCAGAGUCAGUCUUACAGGACCAAAAUUAGCAAUUUAUGCACUAAAAGAUGUGUACAAGGGUGAUGAACUUCGGUAUGACUAUAAAGACACAACAGCCUUCUGGCAAAGGAGAAAUGCUCCUAGAAAAGAUAUUUAUACAUGUCCAGACCCUGUGGAGAAGAAUGAAAAAACAACAGAAAUGGAUGCCGGUGGUGAAAGCAGUGUCAACAACACAGCUGAGGACACUAUUCAAGAAACAGAACAAAGUAAACAAAGCAGUCAGGAAAAACUUACAGGACCCAUAGAGGACGAUAAGAUAGAAGAAACUGAAGUAAUGGAUGCCGAUGGUGAAAACAGUGUCAACAACACAGCUGAGGACACUAUUCAAGAAACAGAACAAAUUAAACAAAGCAGUCAGGAAAAACUUCACACUGCACCUGUAGAGGACGAUAAGGUAGAAGUAACUGAAGAAAUGGAUGCCGGUGAUGAAAGCAGUGUCAACAACACAGCUGAGGACACUAUUCAAGAAACAGAACAAAGUAAACAAAGCAGUCAGGAAAAACUUACAGGACCCAUAGAGGACGAUAAGAUAGAAGAAAAUGAAGUAAUGGAUGCCGAUGGUGAAAACAGUGUCAACAACACAGCUGAGGACACUAUUCAAGAAACAGAACAAAUUAAACAAAGCAGUCAGGAAAAACUUCACACUGCACCUGUAGAGGACGAUAAGGUAGAAGUAACUGAAGUAAUGGAUGCCGGUGGUGAAAGCAGUGUCAGCAACACAGCUGAGGACACUAUUCAAGAAACGGAACAAAGUAAACAAAGCAUAAUUUCACAGAUGAUUAAUCUGAAGGAAAAUGAAUUAGAUACAUUUGCAGGCUUUCUCGGACAUAACAUCAAAGUUCAUAGAGAGUUUGACAGACUACCAGAAGAUACUCUUCAGAACCUCUAGAGGAGGAUAAAGAAACAGAGGCAGCAACAAAAGAUUCUGAAAGGGAUGUUGGUGGUGAAAGCCAUGCAGUUGCCACAGCUGAGAACAUACUAGAAACAGAACAAAGUAAAAAAGGAGGUAAGGGGAUACAAAUUGUUAAAAUACAUACAAUAGAUACAUGUAUUUUGAGCUUAAGUAGUGAAGUCCUCACAAAUAUUUGGUGUGUGUAGAUAUUUUGUAUCACCAGAAAAUAAUUCUGAAUUCCAUACCUUCCUGUAGGACAGAAAAAAAACUUCACAUUUGUCUUUAUUAUAUAUGUUGAAGUAAGACAGCGUUUAGCUUGGCUGUUUUCAAGGAAAAAGUCGAGGUACUGUCAUAGCUUUGGUGUUGUCUGUGUCUGCUUGAGUACAAAAUUAUUAUUACUUCAUGGAUUUGGUUCAUAUUUACACACAACAAUCCUUAGGA